GUCAAAAUAGAAACUGUUCACUUUCGUUUAUUAAGUCAGUUUAUUUCGUGCGACGCACAAAAAAACAACCCAAUGGAAUCUGGACUAAGAGCCGAACUAGAAAAUCUCCUAAAAAGUCUGAAUAUCGACUUUAUUUCUGUGGAUCAUCCGGAGAACUGAGGACCUUGUUGGAGUAGUUUCAUAUUAUUUAAGACUGCAGAGACGCGAUGAUUUAAACUGCAGAGAUGCGAUGAAGACGAGGAUGCCGGUUUUCAUUACAGCCGAAGGUGGAUUGGAAUACAAAUGAAAACCUGUUUUCACUGUGGAGGAAAUGAUGCCUCAUGUACAGCACCUGAAAGGGGCCGUGACCAAAAACCUCUUCCUAAAGGACAAGAAGAAGAAAGGUCUGUGGCUCGUCUCGGUGCGUCAUGACCGCCAGGUCAACCUGAACGAUCUGGCUAAGAAGCUGGGCGUGGGCAGCGGGAACCUGCGCUUUGCGGAUGAAGCUGCCAUGUUGGAGAAGCUCAAGGUGGGUCAGGGCUGCGCCACGGCUCUCGCGCUCUUCUGCGACAAGGACCACAGCGUCAGGUUCGUCCUGGACAGCGACUUAGCAAACGGAGGCCACGAGAGAGUUUACUUUCACCCGAUGACCAACGCUGCGACCUUGGGACUGAAACCGGACGAUCUGAUGAGGUUCUUGAAGGAGACGGGGCACGAACCCAUAAUGCACAGCUUCGAUUAGAUCAGCUUUAUAACGCUUCAUAACCUUGUAGGUCAAUGACAGGAAACAUGUCCAGGAUGUUUUUAUUGUACAAAUAACAGUUCAGCAGUGAGACAUCAAUAAAAAACACAACACUUUGAAA